AUGUCAAAGGAGUCACGUGCCAUACAUAUAGCACCCCGUGCUACCGAAUUAAAGGUAAAUCAACAGCCCGAGCAACGGUUCAGCGAUGCAUUCGAUGCAACGACUAUUGCGGACCAUUUUGGAUCCACUACAAGUGAUAAUGCAACAAACUUCAUAGGCGCCAAAAACCAUUUAGCAGAACUAGAGGAAAGCAUUUAUUCUAAUGAAGGGCAAGAAGCAAUAAUCUCUGCUUGCAGUACUACAGGAAUAAACUUUCAUUUUAUUCCACCAAGGGCUCCACACUUGGGCGGUUUAUGGGAAGCAUCCGUAAAGUCCGCAAAAUAUUUGUUACUACGCAGCGUUUCAACAGCAUCAUUGACGUAUGAAGAACUCGAAACAGUGGUGGUGAAAAUUGAAGCGAUAUUAAAUUCACGACCAUUGACUCCAAUGUCCAAUGAUCCAACUGAUUUGACAGCAUUAACUCCAGGACACUUAUUAAUUGGAGAAGCUCUUACAACUCUGUAG